AUGGCGCGAGCUUUCCACGUCUCCACCUCGACCUUCGCCACGCUUCCUCCGUUCUUCUCCGACGGGCGGCAUGUCCGCACCCAACGGCUUCUUUGCUACACUGCUACCUCUUCCCCACCUCCAAACUCUCUUCGUCGAGGUCCCCGCCUCGGAUACAACUCGGACAUUCUCUUCUCCCCCAACCUCACGCGGUUAUCCUACGUCGUCGUCGGCCAAUCGCGUCUUUCUGAUGGGAAACGGGCGGCAGCUCUCGCACUCUGGGAGCUACCAAAGCUGCAGCAUCUCGAUAUCCAGCCCGUCGGAAGCACCUGCGACUGGAGCCUCGUAACGGACGGAUUACGCGGGAUCCGAGUUGAAAACACUUUGCUUUGA